UUGUCAAUUAAAAAUCAAAAUGAAAAUAUUAAGAAACGUUUUUGAAUACCUUUCAAGACAAAAAGUCAAAAGCCCGUUCAAUAAGUAAAUAUUUUUGUAUUUUGAAGUUUUCAAACAUACGAAGGAAGUUACAAAGUGACAUUGUAUAGCCGCCGGAAAUGUCAGAACAGAAACAAGAUGCUGAGAAAAAGAGUGUAGCCACAAUACCCACACCACUAAAGUACGUAUUCGGUGGGACGGCAGCAGUGGCUGCGGCUUGCGUGAUGCAUCCAAUGGAUUUGGUAAAAACACGCAUGCAAGUUGCUUCUAGCGGGAGCGCCAAAUCGUCCAGCGCCAUUGGAGUGAUGAAAAUGGCGGUUAAAAAUGAUGGCAUAGCUGGCUUAUAUAAAGGACUCAGCGCCUCGGUACUACGGCAGUCGAUGUACUCCACCACACGCAUCGGGGUAUACACAAGUCUAACGGAAUAUUAUCGCGAGUUGUAUAAAACAGCGCCAACAGUAAAUGCAACCGUUAUGAUGGCGGCCUUCGCUGGCGCGGUCGGUGCCUAUGUCGGCACACCGGCCGAUGUGGGCUUAGUGCGUAUGAUGACCGAUGCCCGUCUGCCGCCAGCUGAUCGUCGAAAUUACACAAGUGUUUUUAACGCGCUCUCACGUAUUAGCAAAGAGGAGGGUGUUCGGGCGCUUUGGCGUGGCGCCGUACCAACUGUGGGUCGUGCCAUUGUCGUGAGCGUUGCACAACUGGCGUCUUACACACAAUUUCGACAUUUCGCAAAGUCACAGUUUGGAAUGGGUGAUGGCUUUAAUUUGCAUUUAGUGGCGAGCAUUGGUUCGGGUCUGUUGACGGCGACCGCAUCAUUGCCUGUGGAUAUAGCCAAGACGCGCAUACAGAAUAUGAAAAUGAUCGAUGCCAAACCGGAGUACCGGGGUAUAUUAGAUGUGCUGGUAAAGAUUACGAGGAAAGAAGGCUUUCUGGCGUUGUGGCGUGGUUACACUCCGUAUGUUUUACGUGUUGUGCCACAAACUAUUUUGAUUUUCAUAAUUUUGGAGCAACUCAAUACAGCAUACUUUAAAUAUGUCUUGGGUGAGGAGUAUAAAUCGAAAAUUUAAUUAACAGUUGCAUGUUAUUGUUCUUGUAAUUUAUGUGUGUACUUAUGUAUGUGUGUAAGUGAAUUUGUGGCUGUGUUAAGUGUGAAAAUAUAUAAUGUUGACUUUCCAAGUGUCUUUCUUUUCUGA